AUCAUUUGAAAGGAGCAGCAGCUAGUGCCUGAAAGAAAUAGGCUAAUGCCGCAGGAUGACACUUGAGGAAAGUAGACAGAUAUUUUGUGUAUUAUACAGUCUGUAAACAUGAGAAAUAACUGACUUGAACUGAAACGCCACGAAACGGAGAAUCGCUGUAUGUUUACAGGUUGUAUAUUUGAAGUGUGUCAGCUCCACAUGAGGCUCUUCAAUGAGGUUCAGAGGGAACACUAUAUUUCCAAGCAGCUAUGUCUCCACAUGUCUCUACCGCCACCCUGUGUCCGGUCCGGUCCAGUGGAACCUCCACAGAGCAUAUUGCACCCAGCAGCAAAGCCCGAAAGAUGAGCCGAGUAAGAUUACCUCCGUUAAAGAGCGUACAGCAUCUGCAUUAUCGUACGCAGGAGACCUGGGAAGGCAAUGGGGACGAAAUACGGUGAAAGCUGCAACAGUGACCAUCAACCACUGGUGGGAGCGCUAUGAGGAGUUUGUUGGGCUUAAUGAAGUCCGAGAUGCUCAAUCCAAGGUCACAGAGGCUGAAAAGGCCUUCAUGGUUGCCAGAGGAAUCGUCAGAGAAGCUCACACCAGCCUGGAGGCUCUCCAAGUUCGGCUGAAGGAAGUGAGGGACCGUUUGGACCGUGUGUCUCGUGAAGAGGCACAUUAUUUAGAGUUAGCCACACUGGAACAUAAGCUGCUGCAGGAAGAACGGCGACUCAGAACAGCCUAUGAGAAUGCUGAAGAAGGUGAGCGAGAGAAGUUUGCACUCUUUUCCGCUGGUGUACGAGCAAGCCAUGAGAAAGAGAGGACCAGGGCUGAGCGUACCAAAAACUGGUCUAUUAUUGGUUCUGUAUUGGGCGCCGUCAUCGGUGUAAUGGGCUCCACGUAUAUAAACCGGGUACGUUUGCAGGAACUCAAGAGCUUGUUGUUGGAGGCCCAGAAGGGACCAGUGAGUCUUCAGGAAGCCAUCAAGGUCCAGGCCAGCAUGCACAAAACACAACAAGAUGAGCUCAGCAACCUCAUCGACUCACUCCGGGCAGCUUUGAAAGGUAGCGUAGAAGAUGUUAAAACAGUCAAACCAGCGUUCGUCCCGCCAGCGGCUGCUGUCGUACCCGCAUCCCGUGCCUCAGAAGAAGCAAUCCGAGAAAUUCUCCAGCACAGCCAAAGAGCCCAAGGGCUCAUUGAAAGCCUUAAACCCCAGCUGGACCAGCUGGAGGAGAACGUUGGGAAGGUUGGGACUGAGCUGCAAGGGGUGAAGACAACCCUGCAGUCCCGUGCCGUGGAGAAGCCCGUUAUUCGAACCCGAGACACACAGGUCUUUGUAUGUGAUACAGAGACGGUCGUUGAAGGCCUUGGUCAAACUGAGAGAAGACUGGAGGCGCAGAUCAACAAAACAAGUCUAUACAAUACAGUCUUGACGUGUGCUGCCUUUGCUGUGACGGUGCCAGUUCUGUACGUGUUGUUAAGAGGUACUUAAAAAGUAUGCAGAAAUGUGCACUUUAGGGGCCAAUAAAUACACUAGACAAUAAUGUAACUAAAGAGUAUAAUUAUUGACUAAGGUUGUAAAAGAUUGAUUAAAUAUUGUCAAUACGAAGUAUCAUUGUUGUAUGUACAUUCUUUGUGCUCGUUUCAUUCUUACUUCACACCAAAAUAAUAACAUUGUGUCCUUAAGAAUGUGUGUAAUUCUGUGUGUAAAAUAAUUUCACUCAUGUUUCUUCAGAAAAUGUAGAAAAAUUUAGUUUGUCCCUUAAGAGAAUGAGCCAUGAUUUUACUACAGUAAACAUGGUUUAACUAUGGUUUUGUUAGUAAAACCAUGGUAAUCACAAAAUUAACUAUGGUUUUAUUAUAGCAUUUGGAGUAAAACCAUGGUAACUACAAAAAUAACCAUGGUAGAGUUUUUGUAGUAAAACCAUAGUAACUACAGAAUUAACCAUGGUUUUACCACAGAAUUUGCAAUAAAACCAUGGUAACUGCAAAAUUAACCAUAUUUUUACCAUAGCAUUUGCAGUAAAACUAUGGUAACUACAAAAUUAACUAUGGUUUUGCUACAGCAUAUGCAGUAAAACCAUGGUAACUACAAAAUUAACCAUGGUUUUACUACAAGAACUAUGGUUUUUGUAGUAAAACCACAAAAUGAACCAUGUUUUACCAUAGAAUUUGCUGUAAAAACAUGGUUACAAAAAACGCAUUUUACUACAAUAAGCAUGGUUUAACAAUGUUUUUAGUAGUAAAAUCACAGUAACUAUAAAAUGAACCAUGGUUGUACUACAGUAUUUAUAGUGAAACCACAGUAAUAAUGAAAUAAUCCACACAUCUAUAGCUUAACUGUGUUUUCUAGUGAAACCAUAAAACAAAAUUAAAUGUUUGUACUAUUGUAUGUGUGCUGAUGCAUUUAUACUCUGGGAGAAU